AGUUCCUGAUCCGGCGGGUGCCCGCUCCAGCCGCGGCAGGUUCCCGAGCUGAGCGGCUACCCCCACGCCGCGGGCUUCCAGCGCGUGGAGCAAGGGGAGCGGCCCCGGCGCAGUCCAUACCCGCGGCUGCGCUAGUCCCGGCGCUGUAGGUCGGGGAGGCGCGGGCGGAGAGCGGCGGUGCCCCCGAGCCCCUCUGCGGACGGCGCAGGCGGGAGGAUCCUGCGCGGCGGGAUGGCGGCGGCCGCGCGGCCUCGGGGUCGGGCACCGGGGCCAGUCCUGCCGCCGACGCCGCUGCUGCUGCUGCUGCUGCUAGUGCUGCCAGCCUGGGGGGCGACCGCUCGGGAUCCCGGGGCCGCGGUCGGGCUCAGCCUUCACCCUCCUUACUUCAACCUGGCCGAGGCAGCGAGGAUUUGGGCCACCGCCACCUGCGGGGAGAGGGGACCCGGCGAGAGGAGGCCCCGGCCCGAGCUCUACUGCAAGUUGGUCGGGGGCCCCACCGCCCCAGGCAGCGGCCACACCAUCCAGGGCCAGUUCUGUGACUAUUGCAAUUCUGAGGACCCCAGGAAAGCACAUCCUGUCACCAAUGCCAUUGAUGGAUCUGAACGUUGGUGGCAAAGCCCUCCCCUGUCCUCAGGCACACAGUACAACAGAGUCAACCUCACCUUGGAUCUGGGGCAGCUCUUCCAUGUGGCCUACAUUUUAAUCAAAUUUGCAAAUUCUCCUCGCCCUGAUCUUUGGGUCUUGGAAAGAUCUGUAGAUUUUGGAAGCACCUACUCACCAUGGCAAUACUUUGCUCAUUCUAAAGUAGACUGUUUAAAAGAAUUCGGGCGGGAGGCAAAUAUGGCUGUCACCCAGGAUGAUGAUGUACUUUGUGUUACUGAAUAUUCCCGUAUUGUACCUUUGGAAAAUGGUGAGGUUGUGGUGUCCUUGAUAAACGGUCGUCCAGGUGCAAAAAAUUUUACUUUCUCUCACACCCUGAGGGAGUUUACCAAGGCAACAAACAUCCGCUUGCGUUUUCUUCGAACCAAUACGCUUCUUGGACACCUCAUCUCCAAAGCCCAGCGAGAUCCAACUGUCACUCGGCGGUAUUAUUACAGCAUAAAGGACAUCAGCAUUGGUGGGCGGUGUGUUUGCAACGGCCAUGCUGAAGUGUGCGAUGCAAACAAUCCUGAAAAACUGUUUCGGUGUCAGUGCCAGCACCACACCUGUGGGGAGACGUGUGAUCGCUGCUGCACAGGGUACAAUCAGAGGCGCUGGCGGCCCGCUGCCUGGGAGCAGAGCCACGAGUGUGAAGCAUGCAACUGCCACGGCCAUGCCAGUGAUUGUUACUAUGAUUCAGAUGUUGAGCGGCAGCAGGCAAGCUUGAAUACCCAGGGCAUCUAUGCUGGUGGAGGGGUCUGCAUUAACUGUCAGCACAACACAGCGGGAGUAAACUGUGAACAGUGUGCUAAGGGCUAUUACCGCCCUUAUGGGGUUCCAGUGGAUGCCCCUGAUGGCUGCAUCCGUAAGUUUCAUUUCAAGUUGGUGUAUCUUAGUCUGUGUGUACUGCCUCAACGAAGUCAUCAGGCUAACUUUGGAUCAGUUAAUAACUUCCUUCAUGCCUUCUCUCUUCAGAGUAUUAGUUGUGCUCGCUAUGUGACCUCAGUCACUUACACAGUCUCUUUGAAUUUUGGAUUUAUUGCAUGUAAAUGGAAAUGA